AUGACUUUUCAAUUAGAGGUGUUUAAACCAAGUCAAAUAAUAAAAAUGUUAAACAAGUGUACGGAUAAAUUUCCAGUAGUAACUAGAGAUUGUGUAAAGGUAAUAAUAUUACUUAUAUAUUCUUUACAGCAUCAUAAGUUAGAUGAAGGACAAAGAGAGAUGAUUUUAGUAACACUAACUAAGAUGUUUAAUAAUACAGAAUACUAUCUUAAAAAUUGUAUCAUGGUAGCUUUAUUAGAAAUAUCAGAUAACAACAAUGAGGCAGGUAUAAUUUGUAUUAAUUGUUUGAUUAAGGAUAUUGAUUCCAAAGGAUUUAGUAAGAGACCACAUUUAAAGAAUCUUGGAUUGAGAUGUUUAUAUAGUAAUUUACCACAAAAAAUGUUUUAUGACUUUGAAAAGUAUAUUAAACAAGCAACAUUAGCACCAACAGGGUAUGACAAUGCUGUAAUAUUAGCAUCUGAGUAUCUUAAAAACUAUGAUGUAGUUAAGAAAGUUAAUUAUGAUAUUUCAGAUUAUCAUCAAAGUCUUAUUAAUAGUCUUCCUAUUAACAAGUACAGUGGGUUGUUAGAGUUAAAGAAGAUUGCAAAAUAUGAAUCAAAUUUGGAACGACUCUCGAAUUAUUUAGAAUUAGAUACUGAUGACCAGUUAUUUUUAGAGGCUUGUAAAGUAUUAACAAUGGUUAGACCAGAAAAGGUAUCUCGUUUUGUAGAUGUAGCAGUUAGAUCACUUAAAGUAUUUUUAAGAUCAUCAGAGAUUAAACAGUUUGCAGCCAUUAGAAUUCUAAGUAAGCUUUCAUUUACAUUUCCUUUAAAAGUUUCUAGAGCUAACAGAGAGAUAGAAGACCUUAUCCACUCAUCAAAUCGUUCAUUAGGUGUGUUGUCAAUAAUCACAUUGAUCAGAACAGGAAACCAAGAAUCAGUUAAAAAACUGUCUUAUAAACUUGAGCCUUAUAUGGAAUCAAUGCCAAUGGAAUAUAGUAUAUUAGCUUUGGAUACAAUGGAAAAAUUAGCAAAGACAGAAUUUAAAGAUUUUUUAAGAUUUCUUAAGAAAAUGAUGGUAGAUACAAAAAAUUCUAUGGUCUUUAAAAAGUAUAUUUUAAGUAAAUUUAAGAGUUUAAUGAAAAAGAUUGAUCAGAAACAGAAGAUUAGUAUCAUUAAUUAUUUAUGUAGUUAUAUUGAAGAUCCUGAUUACUAUCAAUUAACUAUGGAUAUAUUAGGAAUAAUUGGAAGUAGUUUAGAGAAUAAGAAAGAAUUAAUUCACGUAUACAAUAGACUUAUCCUUGAUAACGAUCAUGUUAAAAACUGUGCUAUACAGACUUUAUACGAUUUAGACAUUAAGUUUAAUACAUUAGAAACAGUUGAUAAUUUUAGAUUUUCUAAUAAUUCUUUUGUUAGUUUCUUAAAAAGGAAUAAAAAUUUAAAGAGGGGUGAAUUUGAUAUGAAUGAGUUAGGAGAGUAUAAAGAAGAUGUGAUGAAUUACUUAAACAAAGAAGAGGAAAGUGAUGAAGAAGAUGAUUAUGUUCCGCUCAAGAUUUGUAGAGAAAUUGAUUUAACAGAUAAGAAAUCAGAUUUUAUAAUAACAUUAAUUAAAAAGAUAUUCCCAGACAAGUGUGUACUUGAAUUCACAGUUCAAUCUAACUUUGACAAAGUUGUAUUACAGGGAGGAAGAAUAACACUUGAAGGAAAUAAAGAUAAAUAUUCAGUUGAUGUUGAUAGUGAUGGUGUAUAUGAGAUUGAAGUUCCGUUUGGAACAAAAGGUUUGUACAAUGGCGUCUUUGAAUAUUUUAUUGGCUUGAAAGAUGAUACAGAAGACGUAGAAAAUGAUUUAAUUAAUCUUGAACCAUUUACGUUAACAGUCUUAGAUUUUACUAAACCUGAAGAAAAUCUUGAAAAAAUACAGAAUUCAAUUAAAAUUAAAAAGCAACUCAAGUGUAAUUAUGAUGAAGUUAUUUCACAGGUAGUGAAAGUAUCCAAUCUUUACUUAGAAGCAGAUUCUAAUAACUUUUCAUUAUCUGGUCAGUAUAAUCAAUUACCUAUUUUAAUAGAAGGAAAGGUUUAUCAGAAAGGUAGGGUGAGUGAUAUGAAUAUGGAAAUAUUCUGUGAUGAUAAAAAUAUUCUAAAGGAAAUAGUUGAAAUAUUUGAAUAA